AUGAACAACCCUGAGCCCAACUAUUUGCUCAACUUGAACAAGUACACAACGAAGACCGCUGAGGCUCUCGCUAAGUACACUGGUCUUAUUCCUGGUGGUGGCAUAGCCGUAUCAGUUCACAGUCGCCGCGCACCUAAGCCUAGCGAGAAAUCCGUGUUUGGCGCCCGAGUUGACCAUCUCAUUCUUGAGCUCGUUGCUAUGACUGGGGUGAAAGAUCUUGAGCUCAAGGGAGAAGAAUGGGCACGGGGUCUCUUUCAAGAACUCAGAGAAGCCGGCACAGACAACGAGAAGAUAUAUGGAUCGUAUUAG